GCUGCUGCUACCUUCGGAGUUAUUAAGGAGCAGGACCGGGUUAGCCGUUGGCCCUUCAGAUGCUAACCGAAGCUAACUCAACCCACCACAAGUCAAAUUAACCUGCUUUGUUUCACAGUCCGGUCCGUGUUUAGUCCGCAUGUUGUCUCGCAAACAGAAGCGGGUGUGGAAAUACGUGGAGGAGGGCGACUUGCUGAAGCUGAAGUCGUACCUGCGGAAGCACCGGGACCUGGACGUGAACUUCUCCCAGGGCAAGAGGGAGAGGAGCCCGCUGCACCUGGCCUGCUGCCUGGGAGACGACGCUGUUCUUCGGCUGUUGCUCAAACACGGAGCCGAUGUUCUCCGCAAGGACCGUAAAGGAGACACGGCGCUACACAACGCGGUCAACAGGGCUCUUAAACACGGGAAAUCAGCGUAUGAAGACCUGGUUGAGCCGCUCAAAAACAGCUGUCCAGAGGCUUUGAAUAACCCAAACAGCGCUGGAGUCACACCUCAAGAUCUACUGAACUGGAGGAAACAGAAAAAGACUGCCGAAAACAUGAGCCGCCCGUCUGAAAGAGACCCUGAGAAGGAGUGGAUGGAAAAGCUGUUUGGUGAAUGCGAGGAUGAAUUCUGCGACACCUUUGGCGUCUAUGAUGCUGACGAUUUUCUUCCCGUUGACGAUGACGAGCAAGACUUCGGGGACUGGGCUGACCGCAUUAGAAAAGAAUAUUUCGAUAAAAAGCACGCCGAAGCUCAGAGACUGGCAGCGUCGUCCUCCGGGUGGAAAAAGAAAGAGAAGAGUAAACAAGAGCGAGAGCAGGAGGCGCAGAGCCAGAAGGAGCUGCAUGAGAGGCUGCAGAGGGAACAUGAAGAGUAUCUGGCACGAGCGGCACGCAAAGAGGAAGAGGCCCGGCAGGGUAGGAAGCGCAUGUACGACGAAAGGUGCGCUGCAACUUUUAGUGGUGGCUCCUCGUCCGGCGUCGCGAAGCUGAGCUACAGCGAUAUCCCCUGGCCCGCUCCCCGAGGAACAGUACAGGAGAUGCUGGAUGUGAUGCUGCACGGCGUGGACAGGAAGGACGUGCCGGUGUUUCGUAAAAUGCUCCGGAAGCAGCAAACGCUGUGGCAUCCGGAUAAAUUUGCUCAGCGAUGCGAAGCUCGAUUGGAGGUGAAGGACAAGCAACGGAUCCUGGACACAGUUACAGCGCUGUCGCAGGAGCUCAACAGGCUGGCUCAUAGCCUGAGGACUUAAAGUCAAGCUAAUAGUAUCGUAUAGUACUAUGUGCUUCUCUGGACAACUUUAUAAUUAAACUGAAUUCGUACCAUGAAUGCAAAAAAAUCCAGCACACUGUUUGACAACAUUUUGGUCCUCCAUACUUUCUUCAGGUGAAAGUCAUCCAGACACACAGCACCAGGAUGUAAAUGUAAACGUAGCCCAGGGAUUUAUGCAAAUCAAUGAAAAUACAUCAGGCGGUUUCACAAACACACCAGGGAGCAGCUGAGGGUUAAGGGCCUUGCUCAAGGGUACACAAGCAUGGUAAUAAUGUCUGGAUCUAUCAUGCUAGUCGUCUUUAUCCUUAUCCUGAAGUAGACCACUGCUGUGCUCCUAAUUUGUGGGAAGAAAUGAAAGUCAGUAGAUACAAAAACGUCUGCCGUUAUUGUGAAUACUUGCUUUUUUCCCUGUAAUAUGAGAGUGUACCUGCAGGAUUGAAACAGUAGAGAUUGUACCCACAGAGGACCAAUCAACAGAUUGAACACCGAGCAGUGACAUGCUUCAGAUAAAAGCCUGAUUUAAUGAAAAUAAAAUGAACUUUAUCCAGCUUUUUCAAAACCCUGAGUUACCUUUGUGUUGAGUCAUAGAGCAGUAAAACAGCCCGUAGUUAAAGAGUCAGCAAAAAGAUGCUCCUACGUGUGGCCAGCAGGUCUAUUAAGACGUGCAGUACUAAUUUAUCACGAGGGAAGAUUUGCUCUUAUAAAGCAAAACUGAACCCAUCAUUCUGAAACACCUUAAAUAAAGGAUUUCACACAAAGAGCAGACGGUCGGUCCGCUUUCAGUGAUGGAACAGAAUUAGAAGAUGCGCAGGUUGCCAGGUUUGUGAGCAGACCACCUUUUUAAGAAGAUAAACUUGUCAUUUACAAGCACAGUAUCAAACGAGACAAAGGAAUUUACUGAAAGUUUAUUCUGGGGCUAAUUCACAAAAAAGAGCAAAAUGUGAAUGAAUAACACAUUUACGACAUAAUAUUGAAACAAAAGUAGAGGCUA